CUGACUGGAUUCAACUUUGUUUUGUUUCCAUUGAAAACAUUACUUUUGCUGUUCUGUUUGUGUCUCUCAUGUUCGCCUCAUUUUACACACGUUAUGUCUUGUUUGUUAUAUGUAAAAUAAGUGUCAAUUCUACAGCUACAAUUGCUGUUGCAAGAUGUGUUGAGAUUCUCCCUGACUUCGUGGUUUUCAACUUUUUUUUACCUGAGGUCAUCUCAUGACCCCAAAACGUCCAUGUAAUAUUGAAGAACAUUGGUAUGAAAGAACUGUUUCCAUCAGAUUGAUCAUCAAUAUUUAUGAAGACUAAAAGGAGACAUUACCCAGAUCUUAUAGAAUUAUGUUUUGAUAAAUCUGUUUGUGAAAUAUUUCUUUGGAACUGAGAUCAAUGGCAUUGUCUGAAAUAUGUAGAACAGGAUUUCUAUUCUGAUUAACAACAGAUGUCAUCAAUUAAUAUUUCAUUAGAGAACAGCAGAUAUCAUCAGUUACUGUUUCAAAAGGUUUUGCAUGGAUACAGCCACCAUCGAAAGAAAGUGAUUAUUUUACGGCACUUAUCAAUAAUUAGAUUGGAAAUUUCAUUGUGCAAGAGACAAACAAUUAUAAUUUUUGUACUUAUUUAAAUUGAAAAUAAGUAUAAAAAUAACCUUUAAGAAAAGAGAUUUUGGGGGACGGGACCAGUUUGGCACACACGUGCAUGCAACCGUUUACUGCCACUUAGGGCUAAACAUGGACAAAUUAAAAUCAGAUCUAUACAAUCUCAAAAUAUUAAUGUUUACAGUUGAUGGAAACCUUAAGGCAGAAAUAUUUUUAAGGAAUAGAAUACACAAACAAAAUUCAGAACAAUGUCUAAAUAUUGUGAUGCAAAAACUUUGAAAAAUUAUUCAAGAAUCUUGAAGGAGUGAUUUCUCUUGAAGACAUGUUGAAAGGAAUAAGAAAAUUAUCAUAUGACUGUGGUAUCUGUAAAAAGUCCUUCUCUCUAAAACAAAGUCUCACUACUCACAAACAUAUUCAUACAGGAGAGAAACCCUAUCAGUGUGAUAUCUGUGGUAAAUCAUUCUCUCAUAAUAGUAAUCUUUCUAAACACAAACAUAUUCAUACAGGAGAGAAACCCUAUCAGUGUGAUAUCUGUGGUAAAUCAUUCUCUCAGAAUGGUCACUUAAUUACACACAAACGUAUUCACACUGGAGAGAGGCCAUACCAGUGUGAUAUCUGUGGUCAAUCCUUCUCUCGGAAUGGUCAAGUAAUUACACACAAACGCGUUCACACAGGAGAGAAGCCAUACCAUUGUGAUGUUUGUAAUAAAGCAUUCACUCGAAAGGAUUUCUUGAUUAAACACAAAUGCAUUCACACAAAAGAGACACUAUAUCAUUGUGAUAUCUGUGAUAAAUCAUUCCCUGAUAAGGGUAGCUUAACUAUACAUAAACAUGUUCAUACAGGAGAGAAACCAUAUCAGUGUGAUAUCUGUGGUAAAUCAUUCUCUCAAAAUAGUGAAUUAACCAGACACAAAUGUAUUCAUACAAAAGAAAAGCCAUACCAUUGUGAUAUCUGUGGCAAAUCAUUCUUUCUGAAUCAUAGCUUAACUUCACACAAACAAAGUCACACAAGAAAGAAACCAUAUCAGUGUGACGUCUGUGGUAAAGCAUUCUCUAUAAGUACUAAUUUAAUAAGGCACAAACGUACUCAUACAGGAGAGAAGCCAUAUCACUGUGAUAUCUGUGGUACAUCAUUCUCUGUAAGUAGUGCAUUAACCAGCCACAAGCGAAUUCAUACAGGAGAGACACCAUAUCAUUGUGAUACCUGUGGUAAAUCAUUCUCUGUAUAUCAUGGCUUAACUUACCACAAACGAAGCCACACAAGAGAGAAACCAUAUCAGUGUAACAUCUGUGGUAAAGCAUUCUGUAAAAGUUCUGACUUGAUAAGGCACAGACGUAUUCAUACAGGAGAGAAGCCAUAUGAGUGUGUUGUCUGUGGUAAGUCAUUCUCAGAUUGUGGUAACUUAAAUAAGCACAAACGUAUUCAUACAGGAGAGAAGCCAUAUGUGUGUAUUGUCUGUGGUAAAGGAUUCCUUCAAACAGGUCAUUUGACAACACAUGUAUCUACUCACAUAGAAAUUUAACUGUAUCAAUUCCAAAAGCCAUUGCAACGUACAACAACAAUAAAAGUUUAAAAAUCACUUUUGUUCAUAAAUGUACAGUUAAACUUUCUGGGUGAUAAAUAGUUUAGUUACCCCUUGAGACAAGCAGGGAUAUGGUACACUUAUUCUAAAUCUACAGUAUACUGAAAUAAUAACUAUUCUUUUUCCUCUGGGCACAAGGCCUAAAAUAGGGGCACAGAUUGGGGCUUGUUGAACAUCCACAUGGUUACUCAACUGGUACUCUUUUAUGACCCAAAAAGGGUGAAAGGAUCAGAGCCAACAUGUGCAGAAAUUUGAACUAUGGACAUAAAGACAGACUGAAUACCACCAAACAUUUUCUGUAACAUUACCAUUUCUGUCAGUUUACCAAUUCAUGCACAUAAUGAUAAUACAUGAGUUGCAUUCUGGCAGAUAAUCAUAUCUUCAUAAUAUUUGGUGUGAUUAAAAUUUGAAUCUGAAAUUAAGCAGUAAGGAACAACAAAAUGCAUAGAAUGUAUAUAUUUUAUUUUGUUUUUAUUUUAUUAGCUCCACCUUUGCGAAGGCAGAGGUAUUGUUCUCAGUCAUGUUUGUUUGUUUGUUUGUCCAUGGACAAGAUAUCUCAAGACCUGCUGGAUGGAUUCAGAUGAAGCUUUCAGGGGAUGUUUGGCCUCAUGAUUGGCACAAACUGAUUAGAUUUUGAGAUCGAUCCAGUACCGGACAAGGAUUUUGGAUUUUUUUUCUACUUAAUUUUUGAGAGCAGUCAGGUUCAUUUUUAGUAUUCUCAUUUGUGAGAGCAGUUGAGUAUAUUUCAGAUAUUCUCAUUUUAAAAAUCAUCUCUGGUUACUCUUUGAGAGGACGUUGGUGUUGCCAUGGUGGAGGUUUGCACUCUGAGUGUUCUUGUUAUAUUUUAUUUUAUUUUUCUUUGCAUAUUAAAAAGUUAAGAUUUCUGGUCA